UUUUAACUUCAGUGAAUCAAAAUGGAAUUUGGUUACGUGCGAGAGUAUAUGUCUCAUCAGGGAGGCUGGGAUUUCUCUAACCAUUCGCGUAACGCGCGCAUCAAGGACAACAUAAAGGGAUUCAAGGUUCUAAAAACGGGUACGACCAUUUGUGGCGUGUUGGUAAAGGAUGGAGUUGUGUUAGCAGCUGAUACUCGUGCUACUGAGGGUCCCAUUGUGGCUGAUAAGAACUGCUCCAAGUUACACCGUAUAUCAGAUUUCAUUUACUGUGCUGGUGCUGGUGUUGCAGCUGAUUUAGAGCAUACUACUUUAUGGUUGGAAAACAACAUUGAGUUGCUGCGUCUUAAUUUGAAGCAGAAACCUAAAGUACAGAUGUGUGUUUCCAUGCUCGUUCACGAAUUGUUCAAGUACCAGGGUUACAAGCAAUGCGCUUUGAUUUUGGGUGGCUAUGAUUCCAAAGGUCCUCAUUUGUUUAGCAUCUCUCCUCGUGGUUCUUCUGACUCCUUGCCUUUUUGCACCAUGGGUUCGGGAUCAUUGAAUGCUAUGAGUGUACUUGAGUCUGAAUAUCGUGAUGGAAUGUCUAUAUCUGAAGCAGUGGCUCUUGCUACUAAGGCCAUUAGUGCUGGUAUUUUGAAUGAUUUAGGUUCGGGAGGUAAUGUUGAUGUCUGUGUUAUAAACCGCGACGGCGCUACUCACACCCGUGCUCACGCUGUCGUUGGCACCAGGACGUAUGCUCCUAUUCCACGUUCUAUUCCACCGGGAGCAUCUUGCGUUCUCCGUGAAAAGAUCCUCAGCAUGAAGGAAUACAUCGUUGUAGACAGCAUUGAUGUUGAUUAGUGCGAUGUGU